UUGCUCCUCCGGCUUUGUAAACCCUAACGUUCACCGGCUUCUUCAUCUUCGAUCAACGCGAAUAGACAAACAGGAUACAUCGGUCGGAAAAAUGGGAGGUAAGAGGAAGAAGAGCGACGGUGAAGCUAUGGAAGCAGAAGAUAGCGAGAGAGCGAGUACCGGUGGGGAGGAGAAGAAGAAAAAGCAGAAGCAGGAGAUUCUUCCGUCCAUGAUAAAGAACAAGGAGAAGAGAUCUCAAGUAUACGCCAAGCUCAGGCACGAGAAGAAAGUGGAGAAGAGGAAGAAGAUUAAGGCCCGUGACGCCGCGGAGAAGCGAGCUCUUGAGCUUGGCGAGGAGCCUCCGGAGAGGAUAGUCCCCCGAACAAUUGAGAAUACUAGAGAGCAAGACGAGACUGUUUGCAGACCCAAUGACGAAGAGCUGUUUGCUGAUAUUGAUGGGGAUGAAUUUCGUCCAAUUCUAGGGCAUGAGGUUACACCGAAGAUCCUGAUCACAACAUGUCGUUUCAAUUCUACUAGGGGGCCUGCAUUUGUAUCGGAGUUGCUCUCUGUUAUCCCGAAUUCUCAUUAUUACAAGAGAGGAACGUAUGAUCUGAAAAAGAUCGUAGAAUAUGCGAAGAAGAAAGACUUUACAUCUCUGGUUGUGGUCCAUACGAACCGCAGGGAACCAGAUGCUCUCCUUAUCAUUGGCUUGCCAGAUGGGCCUACUGCUCAUUUCAAAUUAUCGCAUCUUGUUCUGCGGAAGGAUAUAAAGAAUCAUGGGAAUCCUACAAGCCAUGAACCGGAGAUCGUGUUAAAUAAUUUCACUACACGCUUGGGUCAUCGUGUUGGCCGAAUGAUACAAUCACUCUUCCCUCAAGAUCCAAACUUUCGUGGUCGGAGAGUUGUAACAUUCCACAACCAACGAGAUUUCAUAUUUUUCCGACAUCAUCGUUACAUCUUUGAGACCAAGGAAAGUAAGCAAAGCGAUUCAAAAGCAAAGGGAGCUGGCAAUAACAAGGAAAAGGAUGGCAUAGCUCGAGAAAAAGUAAUAGCUCACCUUCAGGAAUGCGGUCCGCGAUUUACGCUCAAGCUGAUAAGUUUACAGCAUGGAACUUUUGACACCAAAGGCGGAGAGUAUGAAUGGGUUCAUAAGCCUGAAAUGGACACAAGCAGGAGGAGGUUCUUCUUAUGAUCCGGUUCUUUAAUGAACAAUGCCUUUGGUUUCCUGUGGGGGCAAAAGUCAAUACAAUUCGACCAAUUUUGUAGCAGAGCAGAGCAGAGCAGACCAUCAUUUGGUAUAUCUGGACAACCCUUUACUAUAUUCUUUGUAUUUGUCCCUGAUAUCAUGCCAUCUUUUUAUGCACAAGAAUUGUUCUUUGUCCUGCUUAUCGAAUCCCUUGUUUUUUCCAUAAUCGAUUAGGUCAAUUUUCUGUGAUGGGGUAUUUAUCCGAAUCAGUAUUUUCCUUCUUGUAGCAGACCCGGAAACAAAAAUCAAGAGCUAUAAUUAUAUUAGAAUUUGUCAAUCCAGACAUACAUACACAUAUAUGUGCGUAUGUGUCAAUUUGUAUGUAUUCAUGUAAUUGUAUUACUAUUUGCUUA